AUAGUGUCUAGUGAAGCGCUUCAGCAUCAGUGAGCAACGCAAGAAACAACGCAUUGCCUGUUUCUUGCAGGGCUUAUUUCGGAAAGCGAAGCGGAAAGCAAACAUCACGACGACGCCUAUCAUGGAACACAGUUAUACGCGCGAUUUUCGUCUUCUGGAAAGUAGUCAAACCGCAAUGACCCGUACAUUGAUGAUCCAUCGGCCACCUCAGUGCCCUUCGUGUCACACCCAUUCGCACGACGAACGAAUCGAUCUGGAGGAAUCAUACAAUCCACCGAUACCGUCGUACAAUGAGGAAAGCGCACGGCGCGCUAUGCAGGAGAGUGAAAACAUAGUGGUUACUGCUAGAAACUCCGUAUCGGAUGAGGAUGAUUGGGAGGAACGAGUCAACACGUUCGGAUGGACUGUGCAACAGUUUAAGUUGUUUGAUCGUGUCGCACGGCUGCUCGAUAUGGACCGGCUGGCAAGAUUGACCAACACGGAAAAGCAGCACGAACCAGUGCAUCGCCGAACGGUCAUUGAUAAGUCGGUUAGCCGGCUCCGACAGGCGCUGGCGAGCGUUUCGUGGGAAACGAGACUAACACAGUGGCUGCACGUGCUGUUGAUGGAAAAUCUUCCACCCUCGUAUUUGGCCAUCUACAUCGACAUCCUGCAAACACUGCAUGCCAAACUGCCGAUGUUGGCGAAUAAAAUGAUCUUUGGAAGUUCUCUUAACGUAGGCCAGGAGCUGCUACGCCCGGUUCUAAAGAAACCAUGGGAACCUAUAGUGUCGCACAAAAAUCGAAAGCUUCCCGGCCAGCCGUACAUCGUGGUAGCACCAUCGGUGCCUAACUUCUCCCAACCGACCGCACGACAGCAGAAAUGGUUCAGCCUGUUUGCCACAAUGUCCUCGGUGAUACCGAUACAAGGCACGCAGGGUAAAAACAAUAUUGACAAACAGUCGCUGCAGCUGUUGGCAGAAAAUAUGGUGGCCACUACUCGGGCCAAAAUACAGCAGGUGCGCAGCACAACACCGAACCGAUCGAUCAUUUUGGUUGGUUUCGAUGCUGGCUCCGCUAUUGCCAUUCAGGUCGGUUUGGUGGAGUCCGUUAGCUGUGUAAUUUGCUUGGGAUUCUCGUACAACACGUACAAUGGUGUGCGUGGCACGCCAGAUGAUCACAUGGUCGACAUCGGUUGUCCCGUACUGUUUGUCAUUGGUCAAAAUUCUGCGCGCGCAAGCCAUGAAGAAAUAGAAAUGCUGCGCGAUCGCAUGUCCACCCAAACAUCGCUCGUCGUGGUAGGAGCGGCAGACGAGUGUCUCCGUGUGUCGAAAACGAAGCGCAAAAUUGAAGGAGUAACUCAAUCCAUGGUAGACAAUAUGGUUGCUGACGAGAUAGCGGAAUUCGCCACUAAUUGCUUAGUAAGCCCUCCGCGGUCGAAGCAAUCUGGUACGGGUGGACAGUUCACAAAUGGUGCAUGUCAGUCGGAAAUAAUGCACCAAUCCAAACGCUCCGAAAACGACCAAACGGGUCAUCAACGCAAGCGAAAACACGCACCAGAUUCUAAAGCUGACAAUAAGAUGCAGAAAAAAUCACAGAAUCGGCGUUCGACUAAAACGUCCUCAACUCAACCACCCGAUACGACAUUCUCUACCUCUCAGUCUUCACAGGAUGCACUGGACGUGGCGAUCCAGAGCAUUUUGCCAACAUCGGACAAGCAAAUAAAGUGUGAAAAAAUCAUUCUACCACUUGCGACGAACGAUGAGCUGCUGAAAUUUGAAUCUGGUAGUACGCAAAUCAUCUCUGCCAGGGCUAGCACGCCGAUAGUGCUGCCGGCACUGAAACGUGAAACCCCGCAACAGCAGGGUAAUGUGAAUGUUAAGUUGAUCGAAUCAAAUCAACUGAUCCAUCUAAAGCCAGCUACAGGAACAACACAGAAAUUUUAUUCCAUCAAAUCAUCCUCCAAACCGGUCGUGUCCGUGCUAGCGAAUGCAAGUCCCGCUGUAAGCGAUGGCGCUAUAUCAUCGACUGAAAUUAGUAGUCCACCAAAGUUUACGAUCGUACGCAGCAUAGGCUCCACACCGACUGUCUUUAGUUCGUCAGGGGAUGGAAAUGUUACCGCUAGCAAAGUUGCUAGAGACCUUUCGGAAACAAACAUCUUUGAUCUUCCCAUCGUAUUUGCCGACAGUGAUGGCAUCAUUCAGGAGGGCUCUCCCGAAAAAUCAAAACAAGACAUACGACCCGCAAGUGGUGGGUCGACGGUUACAGGAGUAACAUCAACCGUAACAGCGAUGGGUGGAUCUCCAACGUCGGCAAACGUGGAAAGUAGCGCCACGCCUGUUCAGGCAACCGGUAACCGUUAUAUUACACUGCAACAGUCUGCCACAGGUGGCUUACCACAAAUAUCUAUUGGAAAGAAUGCCAAGCAGCUGGUGGUCAUUAACAAGGGCACGCUCAAACCGGUCGAUCCCAGUAUGGUGUUGCCGGUGGGAACAAAAAUUAAUCUACCUUUGGCCGUUGCAUCAAGUGCGACAGCCGUAAAUACAGCACCCAGCACGGUGGUAACGACUGGAGUGGGCGCAAGACCAAAAUUUACAAAGCUUCUGUUGACCAAACCACUUACGAGCGCUGGCACUAGCACCGGUGGUGUGGUGAAGAAUUUGGGAGAACUAUUAUCGGGCAGCAAAAUUGGAUUUGUCAACUGUGCUACUGGUGUAAAACAGACCAACGUAACCAGCGGAACACCGGUGACCUUGCAACAGAACAAAAUUCAAUCCAUCGUUCUUAAUCCGUUCAACGCGAGCAAGCUACAGCAAACUGUGGCCGGUAAGGAAGUAACAGGCACAUCGGUCGCUGGCAGUAGUAUUCCGAUCGUUGGAAGCAAUAAGAUUUUGAUUAAGACGACCACCUCGGCACUAUCUGCUGCAAGUGCGGGACCUUCGCUGGUGGGACGGAAUUUGAAGUUCAACAUCGUGUCCACAUCGACGGCCGCAAAGCAGAGUAACAGUACAUCGCGUAGUACCAAGAAGAAGAUCUUCGAAAAAAUGCUUACCCUCAGACCCGCCGUGUGGGGCAUCCUGUCCCAAACGAAGCCGAUGGUUCUGCAAACCAAACCUCUCAGCAGACCAUUCUGGGGCUGGGUUAACAUGAUGUUUAAUCGUGUGGACCGUGCCCGGCUGAAGAAAGUUGGCCCCGAUCGUUUGUGCGCCGAAUGGUUGCUAAAGAAUGGAGCAAAGGCAAAAUUUGUCAAGGACAGCCGAACACACGUACACUUCAAUGCACUACCGGAUGAAGCGCUACCGGUACUGAUGGAAGAGCUCGAUGGCACCGACUCGGGAAUCAUGCACAUUGGUUUCGACCAUCUGGAAGGGUUGAGCCGGCUUAGGAAAGUGGUACUGCACAACUGUGUCUACAUUGACGAUCAAGCACUGUAUAAGCUACGAUACGUAGCCAGUACGCUGGAAGAAGUGCAAAUUUCCAAAUGCGGCAACGUUACGGAUCACGGGCUAUUGCAUCUGAAGCAGCUGACCAAGUUGCAGCAGGUGAAAACGUUCGAUUUGCCAUACGUGAAAAACAUGAAGGCUGUGGAAACAACGCUAAAGCAAGCACUUCCGAAUUGCAAAUUUGAUAUGAAUCCUUAAGAAAGGCGAAAUAAAAGCGUAGAUUUG